UCUCCUCCUCCUCCUCCUCCUCCUCCUCCGCUUCUGCACUCCAGUCCUGACGAGCGGCCGCGCUCUCUGAAUUGAACUCAGGUUGUGAGGCCUUCCUCAACCUCCCAAGUUCUGAAUUACAGUUGAUUCAACUUGAUGGAUAAAGACAGUAAUCGUCAACAAAGUCAUUCAAAAAUGGCAGAACUCGUCAUGGAAUGUGAAGAAGAAGAGUUGGAACCAUGGCAGAAGAAAAUCGAAGCAUCUCAGAAUCAAGAUGAUGAUGAUGAUGAACUGAUCUUUGUUGGCGAGAUAGCAAGUUCCAAACCAGCCAUUUCUAAUAUUUUGAACAGAAGUAACUCCAACUCAUCUUCAAAGGGACUGAAGAGUGUGUCGCUCAAUCUAGGUAAUCCUAGUUUAUUCAAGUCUGGAACUCAACACUAUGAAACUUCAGCAUCAAAUCCAGUGGCUGCUUUUCCUACAUUUCAUCCUGAAUCCAGAUCUUCAGAGAGUUCUUCUAUUGUUCAGACUGUGUCUAAACCUGAUUUUUCAAAGACUUCAUCGCAAGUUCAUUCAGGUGCUUUUUCUGGCUUACUGUUGGACUCAACCAAGGAUGCACCGUCCUCAGGGUUCCUGAAAAAUAUUACAGAAGGUAUGGAUCAGACCUCAUUAGGACUAAAACAUUCUUCCAUAUCUAAUGUAAAGAGUAUUAUUAAUCCAAAAAAGCCAAAGACCAGUGAAAGUGUUUCUGAAACAAGUCCUUCCUCUUCAUCAUCUUUAAGUAAGCCUCCUUCAGAGGCAUCUUCCCAGCCUGUAGUAUCAGCAGAUUUCAGUACCUCAUCAGUUCAGUCUGAAACUGGAGCAUCUUCACUAAGAUCUUGUCCAAAGUGCAAUGUUAAGUUCAGUUUUUUGGAUCCUUUGAAAUACCACAUGAAGCAUUGUUGCCCAGACAUGCUAAAUAAUUUUCCGGAUACUUCUAAAGCAGAACAGUCAAGUGCUGAAAACAAAGCUAAUACUGAUCCAGAUACAGGAAAAUUAAUCAUGCUAGUUAGUGACUUUUAUUAUGGAAGAUAUGAAGGAGCUGGCGAUGAAGAGCCAAAGAUUUCCACAACUUUUAAAUGCUUCAGUUGCUCAAAAGUUCUUAAAAGUAAUAUUAGGUUCAUGAACCACAUGAAACACCACUUGGAACUUGAAAAGCAGAACAGUGAGAGCUGGGAAAACCACACCACAUGCCAGCACUGCUAUCGGCAGUACCCCACACCCUUCCAGCUGCAGUGCCACAUCGAGAGUACACACACACCCCAUGAGUUUUCUACUAUUUGUAAAAUCUGUGAAUUGUCAUUUGAAUCAGAACAUAGUCUUUUACAACAUAUGAAGGAGACUCAUAAACCUGGGGAAAUGCCAUAUGUUUGUCAGGUUUGCCAAUUUAGAUCAUCCAUAUUUUCUGAUGUAGAAAUUCAUUUUAGAGCAUCUCAUGAAAACACUAAGUGUUUGCUAUGUCCAUUUUGCCUCAAAGUUAGUAAAAUGGCAGCCCCUUACAUGAAUCAUUACAUGAAACAUCAGAAAAAGGGAAUUCAUCGUUGUCCAAAAUGCAGGCUACAGUUUUUGACCUGCAAGGAGAAAGCAGAGCAUAAAAUAGAGCAUCGUACAUUUAUAAAACCCAAAGAACUAGUAGGAUUGCCUGCUGGAACAAAAGUUACUAUUCGAGCUUCAUUGGGACCUGGUCAGUCAAGGCCAUCAAGUACACGUAGUUCUGCUGCAAGCACCUCUUCUCUUCAAGUCUCAUCUCCACAGUCUGAAAGUACACCUCCUAAAAGUCUCUCAAAAACUUUUGCAAAUAAAGCUAAGAGAAGUAAGCUUCAGAUCAAGUUAGCUACAAGUAAACCUAAUGCAAGUAAGUCAAGUUCAAGUACAACUAAAUCCAAAGUCAAGUCCUCCUGUAAGCAGAAGAAGCAGCGUGACAGGAAAAACAAAAUCAGCAGAGCAUUAAAGAAUUUAAGGUUUCGUCAGGGUAUUCACGAGUGUAUUGAGUGUCAUUCCAAAAUAAAAGAUUUUGCAAGCCACUUUUCCACAUAUAUCCAGUGUGAUUUUUGCAAGUACAGCACUAACUGCAACAAAGCCUUUAUAAAUCAUACAGUGAGCUCUCAUAGUGACCACCCAAGUAAACAGUUUUAUAUUUUUAAGAAGCAUUCAGGAACUCUCAGGGGCAUCACUCUAGUGUGCCUUAAAUGUGACUUCCUGACCGAUUCUUCUGGUUUAGACCGUAUGGCUAAACACUUAAGUCAACGUAAAACUCAUACUUGCCAAGUUGUAAUAGAGAAUGUUUCUGAAAGUACCUUAACUUCUGAAUCCAUUUCUGACCGCUUGUUGAAAUAGAUUCCUGCUCUAUGGAGCUCGUGCAACCUGGUGCAAGACAAGUUGGAAUUUCCUAAGUUCAGAGUUCUGAAGUGUUUUCUUUCACAAAUGCAGUUUUCUAAGUUCAAAGUCCUGAAAUGUUUUCUCAUAUAAAGUAGUUAAAAUUCAUGACACUAGCUCUCAUUCAGCUCUUUUCAGCUUUCUGAUGGCACUACAUUUUUAUUCCACCUUAUCUUUGUGUCAGGUUAACAUAUCUUAACAAGUGCUUAUUUCUGUCCAGUUGACUCUGGAAAAAUUACUUUGUUGCUGUAGUUUUUUUCUUGCUUUGCUUCAGAUAGUUUGUGUUUUUCUUUGCUGUACUUGCUUUCAAGAUAUUACAUACCAAUCAAUAGGAUUGAUUGUUCAUCUUUCUUUUUGUCUGUUUUGUCUGCUACUUAAUUUCUUAUAAGUCUUACAUUUUAGGUCAGAUAGCUGUUUUUUUUUUUCCUUCCCUCCUUGUCUGUCAUUGUUCUGUUUUUCAUAUUUUUCAGAUGCAGAAGCAACACAGAAAUUUCAAACAAUGUCCAGUAUACUCCUGGACAGUGUCCCCCUUCGAUGGACACAACUGAUGCCUGUUCCCUCUUUCCAAGUAAUGUGAAUUAUUUGACUGUGAGACUUGCUUACAGUUUGUGGCCUUAAGAAUUUAUCACCUUUUUUAAAAAUCUUUUUGAUAACUCGCUAUGCAGACCAGGCUGGCCUCAAAUUCACAGAGAUCUGCCUGCCUCUGCCUCCCUUGUGCUUGGACUAAAGGCGUGGCCGGGCCUUAUUUAUCAGUUCUUAGGGAGUCUUCCUACCUAACUGGCUUCCCAUGAAGCUGAUGUUGAUUUGGCCAGAGAUGACCUCAAGGUCUACCAAACUAAGCACAACUUCCCACUGGGAGCUUUGGUCUUUGUCUUAACUUGGAAGUUCAUUCUAACCAAGAAAAGCCCAUCAAAUCAGUUUUUUAAAUCCAAGUUCAAAUUUAAUCACUUUGACUGUAGCCCUUUAAUCUUCCUCUAGCAUGCAUGUAAUCUAAGGUUUAUAAAAAUCUUGAUUGUAUAGGGAGUUAAGAUUACCUUCAUGUUCUUGGAAAAAGAAACUUUCCAGAAUUACAGUUCCAGAGGCUGGAGAGAUGGCUUAGUGGUCAAGAGCACUGGCUGUUGUUGUACGCACAUGAUGGCUAAUAACUAUCCAUUACUCCAGUUCCAGGGAAUUUCAUGCCCUCUUCUGGCCACUAUGGCUUUGCAUGCAUGGAUGUCCUUAGUACACAGAAGAAGAAAUAAAUAAAUAUUAAAUAAAGUUAUAGUUCCAAAGUAACAUUUAUAUUGUCGUUUAAGGUUUUAUCUAGUAUUAAUAUUAAGAGUUUUCAAUAAUGCUGUCAUUUAGGUUUUUAAAUUUUUUUUAAUUCAUUGAGAAACAGGGUGUGGUGGCACACCUUUAAACUCAGCCCUCAGGAGGCAGAGAUCGGGGAGAUCUCUACACCUUUGAGGCUAGCAUGGUCUAUAUACAAAGACCUUGUCUCAAAUUUAUAUAUCUUGAUUUUACGUCAUUCUUCACCAAAUUUACUAAUGUCCAUUUUGUAUGUCUACUUUCAUACUUUCUUCUUAAAACUUUUCUUCGUUUGUUUUGUUUUUGUUAAGAAUGUCAAAAAAUUUCUUUACAUUUUCUCCCAGAUUUCAUGCAGCUCCUGUUCAUAGCUUCUUAAUUCAGUACUUAUUCAGAUCAUUAGACAUUAACACAUGCUCCACCUAGGGAUUCUCAUUAACACUUACAGAUCUCAAAACAAGCUUUAAAGGCACAUCGUUAUUCAUCUAGUACAUGUCUUCUUAGCCAUUAAUGUAACUCUUUCGGUAAAAAUAAUAUAUUCAAAAGUAUUUGGACCAAAAAAUGCACUUGUUUUUUGCAUAUAUAUAUAUGUAUGUGUGUGUGUGUAUAUAUAUACACAUAUAUAGAUGUAUAUUUUUGUUUAUUUUGGUGUUUAUUUUGGUUACAUUGAAUAUAGAU